AUGUCCGGCAGCGGUGCCGCCGUUCGCUUCCUGCUGGACCGAGACAUCUCAAGCCUCGAGGCCCGUGAUCACGACGGCAGAACCGCGCUCCACCUUGCCUCCGGCCACCGCCUGGGCAGCGACGAGACCCUCCGCGCCCUUGUGGAAUCCAACGGGAACAUCGAAGCCAGAACUUUCCUCGGAGAGACCCCGCUCCAUAAGGCGUGCAAGGCUCUGAGGGUGUCGGCGGUGGAGCAGCUCUUGCGGUUCGGGGCUAACGACGCCGCCGUGGAUGCGGAGGGGCGAACCCCGGCCGCGAUGACGGCCCGCCUGCUGCUGUCGCAGCGUCCCGGGAUGUUCCGAGACAUGCUGCAGAACAUCCUGACGCUGCUUGAGGCCGCGCCGGGGGACAGGGUCUGGCGUCGGCGUGGCUGGUUGCUGAUGCUUCGCCGAGUCGGCAGCAGCACGGCGACGGAACCGGGGUCGUGUCACGAAAAGGGCGUGGUUGCUGGCGCUCGAGCAACUCCUGCCGGCACCCGGGCGAUUCCUGGGCUGUUCGGGGCGGAGAAGGAGGCAUACGAGCACAAGGCGCGGCCCCGGAAGGUUGGGAAAGCUGGGGAUGCCGCCGUGGCGCGAGCAACGCGGAAAGCGGCUGGCGGGAAGAGGGAGCAACAUCACCCCUGGUGCUAUCAGAGCACUACCGAGGCAGCCGGUGUUUGGAGUGGAGUCCACAGCGCGGCGGCAGAGUCCUGCAGGGAUGAAGCGGGAGGGGACCGAGAACUGCGGUCUGUGGUGGAGAGAGCGGUCGACGUGGACGAAGACGGAGUGUUCAGGAACAUCGUCGCCUUCCUCUAG